AGCCGCCGCCGAACGGAUGCCGGGACGUCAGCGCGCCAGUGUCCCACGAAAAUAAGCCCCCGCCUCCCUUUUCCGGCGCGCAUGCGUCGGUCCGUGUUUUACCGGAAAAGGCCGGUGGGAAACGGCGCCAUCGCGAGAAAGGAGCCGGUGGCCGGCUUGUUCCUGUGCAGAUGGUGUGGUUGUAGGCAUCGCGCGUCCGGUUCAUUGCACGGUCGCAGGGAGGAGGACGCCGGGGCUCGCCUGUCCUCCGCUGCCUCCGUCGCUGCCAUGAUUCCGGUGUCGCUGGUGGUGGUGGUGGUGGGCGGCUGGACUGCUGUCUACCUGACCGAUUUGGUGCUGAAGUCAUCUGUGUAUUUUAAGCAUUCUUAUGAAGACUGGCUGGAAAACAAUGGCUUGAGCAUCUCCCCUUUUCACAUAAGAUGGCAAACUGCUGUUUUCAAUCGUGCCUUUUAUAGUUGGGGACGGCGGAAAGCAAGGAUGCUUUACCAAUGGUUCAAUUUUGGAAUGGUGUUUGGCGUAAUUGCCAUGUUUAGCUCUUUUUUUCUCCUGGGGAAAACGUUGAUGCAGACUUUAGCACAAAUGAUGGCUGACUCCUCCACUUCUUAUUCUUCCUCCUCUUCUUCCUCUUCCUCCUCCUCCUCCUCCUCUUCUUCCUCUUCGUCCUCUUCUUCCUCUUCGUCCUCUUCCUCCUCCUCCUCACUUCACAAUGAACAAGUGCUACAAGUUGUGGUUCCUGGUAUAAAUUUACCCGUCAAUCAACUGACGUAUUUCUUCGCUGCAGUCCUCAUUAGUGGUGUUGUACAUGAAAUUGGACACGGGAUAGCAGCCAUUAGGGAACAAGUUCGAUUUAAUGGCUUUGGGAUUUUUCUCUUCAUUAUUUAUCCUGGAGCAUUUGUUGAUCUGUUUACCACUCAUUUGCAACUUAUAUCACCAGUCCAGCAGCUAAGGAUAUUUUGUGCAGGUAUCUGGCAUAAUUUCGUCCUUGCACUCCUGGGUAUUUUGGCUCUUGUCCUCCUUCCUGUGAUCCUCUUGCCCUUUUACUACACUGGAGUGGGGGUGCUUAUCACUGAAGUUGCUGAGGACUCACCUGCAGUUGGACCCAGAGGUCUUUUUGUGGGAGACCUUGUUACCCAUCUACAGGAUUGUCCUGUUACUAAUGUACAAGAUUGGAAUGAAUGUCUAGAUACCAUCGCCUAUGAACCCCAGAUUGGUUACUGCAUAAGUGCAGCAACAUUGCAGCAGUUAAGCUUCCCUGUUAGAGCAUACAAACGGCUGGAUGGUUCAAUCGAAUGCUGUAACAACCAAAGCCUCACAGAUGUGUGCUUUUCCUACAGAAAUAAUUUUAAUAAGCGUUUGCAUACAUGUCUACCUGCGCGGAAAGCAGUUGAAGCCACCCAAGUUUGUAGAACCAAUAAAGACUGUAAAAGAGGCUCAAGUUCAAGUUUCUGCAUAAUCCCUUCUUUGGAAACUCACACCCGCUUAAUAAAAGUGAAACACCCACCCCAAAUCGAUAUGUUGUAUGUAGGACAUCCUCUGCACCUGCACUACACAGUGAGCAUCACCAGUUUUAUCCCACGUUUUAACUUUCUAAGCAUAGAUCUGCCUGUGGUUGUGGAGACAUUUGUCAAGUACCUGAUUUCUCUCUCAGGAGCUCUGGCUAUUGUUAAUGCAGUGCCCUGCUUUGCUUUGGAUGGACAGUGGAUUUUAAACUCGUUCCUGGAUGCUACUCUUACCUCAGUGAUUGGAGACAAUGAUGUGAAAGAUCUGAUAGGAUUUUUCAUCUUGCUUGGUGGCAGUAUACUUUUGGCUGCCAACGUGACUCUGGGGCUCUGGAUGGUUACAGCACGGUAAUGUUGGCACUCAUGUGACAGAAUCUGUGAGUUACAAUAUACAAUACUGAAAA